AUGUUCGACGUCACCCCAACGACUGUUCGCCGCAUAUGGCGCCGUGGUGCUGUCAAUCUGACAGGACAAAAGACCAUUUGUCUUGGGGUACACCAACGCAAGAAGGGCAACUGCGGGCGCAAGCGUCUGCACGACGACCUGCCCCAACGCAUCCAAACUAUACCCCAAUCCCGUCGCUACUGCUUCCGCACCAUUGCACACCUCCUCAAGAUUCCAACGUCUACACUGCACUGCUACUUCAAGCGUGGGGUCAUCACCAAGUACUCCACUGUACUGAAGUCUGCCCUCACCGACUCCAAUAAGGUUUGCCGCCUCAAAUGUGUCAUCAAGCACGUUCAAGAUGUCGACGGUACCAAGUUCUUCGACCCCAUGCUCGACACUGUCCACGUCGACGAGAUGGUUCUUCAUGACGCGAUUGCGGAAGAAGUUGCACGGCCACGUUGGGACGAAGACAAGUACGAAUGGUUCGACGGUAAACUAGGCACGUGGCACUUCACCGAGAUUGUCCCUGCUCAACGGCGUAGCGUAUGGCGCGAUGCUGGCACGCCCAUCAUGAAGACUGUGACCGUCACGCGCGACAAGUACAAGGCAAUGCUGAUCGAAAAUGUCAUCCCCGCGAUUCGAUCCAAGUGGCCUGGCGGAGAGGCCAAGAAAGUCAAGAUUCAACAAGACAACGCACGACCACACGUUCCUCCGCGGGAUGCUGCUAUCGUCGCUGCCUGCAAGGAAGAUGGUUGGGAUAUCGAGGUCGUGUUUCAACCUCCCAAUUCGUCGGAUUUGAACGUGCUGGAUCUGGGAUUUUUCCGCGCAAUUCAGACUCUCCAAGUCGAAAACGGCACGGAGGUUGCUGACGAAAUGAUCGCCGCUUUGGGCCUCGCUCAAUUGUCUGUUGACGAAAACUAA